AUGGCUCCGCACGCGCGUGCGAAGCGCAGACGCAACAAUACAUCAACCCUUCAUCCAUCCGUUGCGGCCGCCUCCGAUGAUGUGCGUCUCCUAUCCAACGGCGAGAGCCUCCAUGGCAACUACGAGUCCAAGCGUAUCGGCUACGCGGCCGACGAGCCACAAAGCGAGGAAACGGAGGCACCAACACCUCAAUUGUACGCAAUGGUAGAGGGCGAGCAGAUGCUCGUGCCACAAACCUACGACCCGGACACGUAUGAUCCUGAUGGCCGAAGGCCAUGGACGCCCGAACCGGAGCCGUAUAGUCCCGAAAUCUAUUCGGCGUGGGGCCGAAAGCAUUUCGGUGAAGAGUGGUACCAAUUGCGGAAGACCAUGCUCGAGGAAAGGAACAUCUACCUUCAGUAUGAUUCAGUCUAUGUGGAACGCCAGAAAGCCCUGAGGAUAAUGGAACACAAGAUUGAACGGCGGCCGUUCGAGCCACGAUCUGGCGUGUUCAAUGAGAGCUGGAAGCGCUUGUGGGCUCGACUUUCGAAGGAGUUAGGCAUCGAAAUUCCCGCAUCUCCAACACCAUCGAGGGACAACGACGACAACGACACCGACCUCAGCGGGUACAGCACGUACGACCCAACCCCCGAGCCCCGCGAGCCGACGCCUAUCCCCGAUGAUCCAUGGGAGGAGCUAGAAAUUUUCCUCAAGGAGGCUCUUAUAGACGGGGCUAGGACGCUACGUGAAAAUGAGCCAGGCGACAGGCAAGCCCGCGAGAAGCGGGAGUUAAUGGAAAGCUUUCGCUACGUGGAUCCUACUCGGUUCUCCCUUGAACAGGGUCACUUUCAAGAUCACAUCGACCUCCCCAAGAAGGGCUGGACGCUGGAGCAGAUUGUUGCUGCACAUGAAGCUACUAUUGCCCUGUAUGAAUGGCGCGAGAAGAGCCCUGAACCAAGGGGGUCUGGUCCGGUCGGCAAAACAGUCACCGAUCAGGAAAAGACCGCUCAGGAUAUCUGGUGCCAGAAGCUCGAUGCUGCAAGGAUUCGCUUCUACGGAGAACUCCCACCCAAGUUAUCAAGUCCUUUCGGGGUUCCGGAGACCCAGGAGGAUAGAGAUGCAAUGGAAACCUGGUACCGAGGUAUCUACGCUCGCGUCUCCCGCCAGCAACAACGAGAGGCCUUGUCGGAUGCUAUAGGCAACACUUCAAUACUGCCGCAGUCGCCAGCAACAGUACCUCAACCAGCGAAAGACACUUCUCGCAAAACUCGCGGCGGUCGAAUCACCAAGAAUGCACCAACGAACGCGGAAUCCGCGCCACUAGAUCGAAGGCGCGAUAACACACGGACAGCACCCCAACGCCGCAACAGGCAGCGCAAGACAUACAAGAAGGAGCGGGCAAGCCGAAGGCUCGCGAAGAUGGAGCCUGAGUAUGAGAUGCUAGGAGGAGGUGAAACACGGCCGGAGAUCAUUGUGACUGAGAACAUGUUCUUGCGGCAAGGGUGGAGAAAGUCGUCGAAGGAUUUCGAUGUAGAUUGAGCUUCCGAAAUGAGGAUUGGAGAAUUGCCAAUCAUCAAACUCUUCCGUAGUCCACAUAAGUUGUUUAGUGUGUCGGACAUUUCUCCUCAAAUCUUUGCAGCCU